UAGUAGGAACACCACGUCAUUUGUCAAAACGAUAUUUAAUCUAGUUGUCAAACAAAUUGUCGUUAAAAAAAUCGAGUGUUCUAAGUCCUUUGUUUAUUUUAAUUCAUACUUAUACAAUGUAGAGGAAGAAAUUGUUAUUUUCCAUACGCUGGUACCAGUGUCGCCGUCAAAUCAAUGAGUUCUAUUAUUAAUGUUUUUACUGGUUUAUUCAGAAAUUGUAAAUAAAAACAUAUUGUUUUUGUUAACCUUUUAAGACGAAGGAGAACCUUGGUCAUUAAGAUCAUAAUGGGGUCCCCAAGCAAUGGGAUCUACAUUCUGCAAGGGGAGAUCACACUAGUGGUGACGGCGAUGAGGCGCUCAUCUCGCUGGUCUGCCCAUUCUCAGAGAGACGAGGACGGAGACCCACUUCUGAGCAGUUUUGCGCAACUCAAAGAUGUGCUCAACAACAUCACUGAACUUGUGGAGAUUGAACCGAACACAUACCUGAGCCCAUUUCUGGAAGUGAUACGCUCAGAGGACACCACAGGCCCCAUCACUGGCCUGGCUCUCACCUCCAUCAACAAGUUUCUCUCAUACGGUCUUGUGGACCCUAAACGUGAUGUUGCUGCAGCAGCCAUUGAGAACAUUGCAGAUGCAGUGACUCACGCCCGGUUUGUGGGCACAGAUCCUGGCUCUGAUGAAGUCGUGCUCAUGAAGAUCCUACAUGUUUUGAGGACCCUUUUGCUGUGUCCAGCUGGUGUUCUGCUCACAAACGAGUCGGUGUGUGAAAUCAUGCAGUCUUGUUUCCGUAUCUGCUUUGAAAUGAGACUCAGUGAGCUACUGCGCCGUUCUGCCGAGCACACCUUGAUGGACAUGGUUCAGUUGCUCUUCACAAGGCUACCCCAGUUCAAGGAAGACCCCAAAUGGAAUGCUAACAUGAAAAAGCUGACCCAGAAAAAGUGUGAGCAGGGUAACAAUGUUCAGAAGAGACUACAUAUAUUGGCACAGACUUUGUUUUGCCUGGGUUAG